AUGUGUCAAGUAGAGGAAGCAAAAUUGAAAGGCUACUGUCAGGCUUGCGGUAUUACUACUCCUAUUGUUAGUACACCAGAAAGUCUUCAAGAGAGACUUGUCAGUUCUGUCAAAGAAGGAUUUAAAGAUUUGGUGAAAUUACUACAAGAAGAUAACAUAAAACGAGAGAUAUCUCUUCCCAUCAGAUCAGAGAUACAGCUUGAAGUGUUGAAGAAAAUGGGCAGGGGCCCUUGCUUAAUUAUUCACUAUUUGUAUCCUGCUUCGUGGUUAGCGGUGCCUGACCAGUGUUUGAAACCUCUUGUGACAACAAAACAGUCGGUAAACCUGAAUGCAUUCUUAAGAAUUUUGAAUGAACUUUAUCCUGGUAUCAAGACAGCUUUAAAGAAAGAAGGCAUACUCUCUCAGCUUAACCUUCAGUUAGAAGACCUUGAGCCUGAAAAUUUCCCAGCUGAAUCAGUGGUACCAGCCAGUAUUCCGGAGGGAUCUUUGUCAGGUGUGGGCCACUUAGAAGGAGAACUUUUAGCAGCAAGGGAUCCCAAUACAAUCAUCACUUUAGUAUCUCAGAUCCAGUCUGCACCUGGAAGUAGGCCACUCUGUAGCAUAAACUAUAAGUGGGAGCUUUCUAAAUCUUUGACAAACAUGUUGAAAGGAAUGCCUGCAGGACUACAGAGGGACCGUCUCUAUGUUUAUGUAUCAAAAGCAACAGAACUGAAAGGAAUCAAACUGUUUGCUGAAGCUCGUCAGCUUUUUAGACUUGUGGAAGAAGAGACAAGAACCAUGUUGCCAUGGUUAUCAAGUGCUGUGCACUGGGAGUUACUACACUUAGACUUAACAGAGAUAUUGGAAACCAAGGGAAACUGUGAUUUUUCUAGACAGGAAAUUAUUCAGCAAACAAGUGCUUGUGUCCGUGCUUAUCAUCGAGAUAAAGACACUCCUCCAAGACGAGAUUUGGUUGAGCUUUGUGCUGUUACUUUGUUGAAUCUUCAAGAGUGGGAACUGCUUUGCCAGAUUGAGACCAGAAGGGAUGGAACUUUGCAAUUUGCCUCGCUCCUGGGAUCUAUAUGUAGAGAUUUAUGCACUAACAAGGCUGGCCGUUUUUCUGCUACAGGGUUCUGGAAUGGAGUUCUUCCAAUGUUUGGACGAGGAGGAGUGGUAUAUCAACAGAAGCGACUUAGUUCUGGAGCAGCUAAAGAUGUACAGAGAGAUGGGAUUCUUUCUAGGUCAUCAUUUAUGGCACUGGUUCAGAAAAUCAAGAAUUCCCUGGUCCUGACAAUAAUUUUAUCCUUUCUUACAAAAGUCUACAACAUUCUUAAGGAUGACUGUAGCUCAGAAGUAUCCCUUGAAUAUGGAGAGCUGUGGCCAACAGUGAUCGAGCGCCAGGAUGAUUACAGCCAGACACCAGUAAUAGAGUGUUUACAAGCUACAUUGUUGUAUGCCCUAACAGCUUAUCCAAACCAUCAUUAUUGGCUGAAGACCCAGGGAGAUGUUUUGUUUGCUCAAGGUCAUUACUCUGGUGCUUUGAAAAAUUACCUUUCAGCAGCGGUUGUUACCACAGAUUAUUUCAGCCAACUGUUACCACGAGGGAUCUUUGAUGACCAGCUAAUCGGAAAAAUGAUCCUUUGUUGCACCAAACUACACUGUCACACCCAGGCUGCUGUACUGUGCCAAUAUCAGGAAGAAAUCAACUAUACGACUGCAUUCCGGGCACUCAGUGAACGUUAUUGUAAUGACAGUUGUGAUACUUUUUACCAACACAUAUGGGACGUUAGUUUGUUAGAAUACUUGGUGAAUCAACACGUUCGUCGAGGAGAUGUGGAACGUAGACGAACGCUGCUUCGUCUGAUGGGAAACCUUGAAUUAAAUAUCAAUAACAAUGAAGAAAUUCAGCAUGAAGCUGCUAAUAUCAGAAAAGGCAGAUUUCUGAGAGCACUUGCUCAUCAAUAUCUGUAAUACAUUCAUAUUCGACUUUAGGUGUUGUAUUUGUAAAUAAACUACAAAAUAAAUCUAGUGAAUGGUGGCCGUCAAAA